AUGGCCGCAGUCGCAAUGUCCCGUGCCGUUCCCUAUGGCCCCCGUUCACCUACGCUGAGCGAUGCGGGCAUGAUUCUUCCCCAUGAAACCAGAUUCGAGCGCAGUGUCUCGCCGCCACCAUAUAUCGAACGGCCGCCUUCACCACCAGUCCUCUACGCUGACUCGAGUCACAUCAAACCAAGUUCCGCACCCCAGAGCCGACGCCGCGCCUCGCAACACAACAAGUCUACGCCGCUCUCAUCGCGUUCCUCGCGCUCCACGCUGCGCGCCAUGGCCAGCCCCGAGGCAGUUGCUAAAGGAGCGACUGUCCGCGACGAUGCCCUGGCGUCUUCGCCAACCAUCCACAAUGCCCUCAGUAGCCACCUCUCGAGCAAUUGGAACGACCAGCGCAGACUCAGCACCGCGUCGAGCUCAGUGCUCAGCGAGGAUUUCGAAAACUGGCCUGGGUUCGACAGUCACCAAACAUACAACGAUGGCGGCGUGGACCUGGAGAAGAAGGGCAAGCGUGAUCACUUCCCGGACGACUCGGACAUUGGGGACGACGACGACAUGGGGAACGAAUCAUGGCAGAAUGAGCGGAAUAGCGGUAGCGACGAGGAUGACGGCCCAUACUCUUCAGCAGCUCUCAGCAGACGAGCGGAGAUCAUCCUCGCUAAUGCUAAGAAGCGACUCAAUGUCAUGGAAGGAAACCUCAGAGGUGCACGAGAAUCGCUGGUUGUCUCGCCGACGUUGGGCGUACCCAACAACUCAUCCGACUUGUCACAACAUAUAUCAGCAGCGCGAGAACGAGACAGGCGAUUGUACGCUGGAAUUGGGCCGAUACCCCCGCGCAUUUACUCCUAUCGACCGUCCCCACUUUCUCCGAGCAGCAGUUCAGGCCACCUGCGAGGUGUGAGCGAGACAUCUGUGCCGAUACCCUUUACACCCUCAUACAUAUCGAGAAACGCGACGACGAACAAGCGAGCCUCGAGCGCAAUAGGUCACACGACUGGCCCUUGGUCACAUGAGGGAUACGGGCAGGGCCGCUUCCCCAUCAAAGAGUCGCGAAGUGUCGAAGUACUACGAGAUCCCCGAAAUACCUGGGGCACUGCUGAACGAGAGAGCGUUGUGAGGUCGACUUCACGAAGUUCAAGGUCUCCACCUGCACUGGAGACUUUGCCAGAAGACGAGGCCGGGUCUGAACUGCGUCGGUCUGCUUCUGCAGCGAGUGGCCUCCGCGACCAGAUGAACGAUCUGAAGGGAAGGAUAUCAAGCUUGAAGCUGAAGGCGCAAGAGGACCAUCUUCGACGUCGCAGCAUCCAAAGCCUUCGCACACCUAGUCCAUUCACGUCUGCCGAAACCUGGUACUCUGGGACGAACGCCCAUCAAUCUGGAGGUUCUCCCGUCACAGCAAACGCGGGUUUGGGUAUCAAGAUAGGCUCCCCCACACGGACAGCCAUGUACGAGGACGACUACAAUCAGACAUCCUCACCCAGGACUACAACUUCCCAGAAGGAGGGCGAGAAGUUGGUAACCUACAAUGAUGAGUCGGAGACACUGCCGAAGGACGAUGACGCCGAGGAAACGGAUGAAGGCGACUUCGUGUCUGUGAAUGGCGAUGACUUGGAACCUGGCGCCGACAGCGUCUAUGAGGACGCAGUAUACGAAAUGCCUGCUACGGAGCGUCACGAAGACCGUGUAGAUGCCUUCGACUAUGAGAACUUUUUUCUACACAGUGCUAUGGGAACGUACAGCUUGGAGGGCCGCAGAUCUAGCACAAGUUCCGGCAGCUCUACUGCCACUACGCGACCGGUGACGGCUGUUCAGACCAGCGAAGAGUUGAGCAGCACAGAGAAAAGAAUCUCGUAUCAUCAACGGACUUCAAGCGUCGACUCGGUGUCGACGGUGGCCACAUUCGCUACGGCUGCAGAAGAGCAGUCGGACGAUGAAGAGGAAAACGAGCAAAUGGAUCAAUUCUCCCAACAGAUACUCUCCUCGCAACACCCAAUCACAUCACGUCCUGGAUUGCCGAAUGGCCUCGCGUCACUACGCUCUGAUUCUGCGAUCAACAUGAGGCGCGGCAACGGCUCAUCGCCCACUCAGACGUCGAUAUCCCGCGGCUCCUCUUCUCCCGCAGACUUUGCUGGUGGACUUCAGACGUCGAAGAUCUUCUCCAUUCUGACCGAAGCUUCGCGAGAUGAGCCGCGUCUGGCAUUGAGUGAAGAAGAGACGCAGCUCAUCUACGGGCUUGCGGCCAGCUUCCAGCAAGUGUGCGCCAAUCUGCAGAAUACAUACGGCGAGGCGUACGAGCGCAAAGCCUGGCGGCGACGCCUUGACGAGGCGCGAAGAGUUCUCAGCGGCGAAGAGCUCGAUGAUGACCAGUCUUUCUAA